AUGGGGAUCCCUGGAUUGAGCAGUCAGAAUAAUGGGCAGCAAAGGUUAGGCAUAACUGAGCCUAUUUCAUUGGCUGGACCAACUGAGGAUGACGUGAUCAAGACGCGUGAACUUGAGAAGUACUUACAAGGUGUUGGGUUGUAUGAGAGUCAGGAGGAGGCUGUGGGUAGGGAGGAAGUUCUUGGCAGACUGGACCAGAUUGUAAAGAUUUGGGUUAAGAACAUCAGCCGAGGAAAGGGGUUCAAUGAACAACUGGUGCAAGAAGCAAAUGCCAAGAUUUUCACCUUCGGUUCUUAUCGGUUAGGGGUGCAUGGCCCUGGAGCUGAUAUAGAUACCCUUUGUGUGGGACCUAGACAUGCAACCAGAGAUGAAGAUUUCUUUGGUGAGCUAUGGAAGAUGCUAUCUGAGAUGCAAGAAGUAACAGAAUUGCACCCUGUGCCCGAUGCUCAUGUCCCUGUGAUGAAAUUCAAGUUUAAUGGUGUUUCUGUUGAUCUCCUGUAUGCAAGAUUAGCUUUGUGGGUUAUUCCUGAAGACUUAGAUAUAUCACAGGAAUCAAUAUUACAAAAUGUUGAUGAACAAACUGUUCUUAGUCUUAAUGGUUGUAGAGUUACUGAUCAGGUCCUACGAUUGGUUCCGAAUAUUCAGACCUUUCGCACAACAUUGAGAUGCAUGAGGUUUUGGGCAAAGCGUCGUGGUGUUUAUUCAAAUGUUGCUGGUUUUCUUGGUGGUAUAAAUUUGGCAUUGCUUGUUGCUCGAAUAUGCCAGUUAUAUCCUAAUGCAUUACCUAAUAUGUUAGUGUCACGGUUCUUUAGGGUAUAUACUCAGUGGCGAUGGCCAAAUCCAGUCAUGCUUUGUGCUAUUGAAGAAGGAUCUCUUGGACUACCAGUUUGGGAUCCUAGAAGAAAUCCCAAGGAUAGAUAUCAUCUAAUGCCUAUAAUUACUCCUGCUUAUCCUUGCAUGAAUUCUACUUACAAUGUGACAUCAAGUACAUUGCGUGUUAUGUCUGAUGAGUUUCGGAGAGGAAGUGAAAUAUGUGAGGCUAUGGACGCUAGCAAGGCCGAUUGGGAUACUCUUUUUGAGCCUUAUCCCUUUUUUGAAUCUUACAAGAAUUAUCUACAGAUAGACAUAACAGCAGAGAAUGCAGAUGAUCUUAGACAAUGGAAAGGUUGGGUUGAGUCUCGUCUCCGCCAAUUAACAUUGAAGAUUGAGAGGCACACUUAUGGUAUGCUUCAAUGUCAUCCACACCCUGGUGAAUUCUCAGACAAGUCUAGACCUUUUCAUCACUGUUACUUCAUGGGUCUGCAGCGUAAGCAAGGAGUUCCAGUGAAUGAAGGUGAACAGUUUGAUAUAAGGCUAACUGUUGAAGAAUUCAAGCAUUCUGUCAAUGCUUACACACUAUGGAAACCUGGAAUGGAUAUCCAUGUGUCCCAUGUGAAACGCCGUAGCAUACCUACCUACAUAUUCCCUGGUGGUGUCCGACCUUCCUGCCUGGCAAAAAUAACUACAGAGAAUAAACAAAGUUCUAAGCUAAGGGCUUCUGGCCAUGGUCAAGCUGAAAAGCCUCAAGGAGGUAAAGGAGUUGCGGUUGAAGCCGAUGAUGUGAAGAAGAGAAGGAGACCAGAGGAUGACAUGGAUAAUAAUUCAAAGAAUUCCAAGUCCCCUGUAUCUUUACCCCCCUCCAGCAGGGAAGUCAAUGAAGAUAUGACUCCUAUUAAAUUGGAUGAAUCAGAAGUCAAUAGUAUUGACGGACAAAAGAGCAAGAAACUUUGUGUGAGAUCUCCAGGGGAGAAUCCUUCUGGGGAUAGUGGGACCGAUGGAUUUGUGGCAAACAACCAAAUAGUGAACCCUAUAGUUGCUGCUACUGAUACAUCUAGUUCUAAAGAAGAAGAAAAACUAGCCAUUGAAAAGAUUAUGUCUGGUCCUUAUGAUGCACAUCAAACAUUUGCGGAAGAACCUGAAGAGCUUGAAGAUGACACUCAGUGUAGAAAUCAAGUCAAAGAUGCUGGUGGGAACAUGCAAAACAACAUUACUGAAUCUUUGAUCUCGAAGCCUGAAGUGGCAGAAGAGCCAGUUGAGCCAGUUGUUUAUAUGGAAACUACUUGUUCAACUCGUUUAUGCUCCAAUGAGGUCUUGGAGGAGCUUGAGCCUGCUGAGCUAGCAGCACCAUUGUUAACUGUGCCUCCUGCACCUGCACCAUUGAAGAGGCCUCUUAUUAGGUUGAACUUCACCUCCUUAGGAAAAGCUGCUGACAAGAGUGCUUAG